UCACCCGUUCACAUUAGUCGUCAGCGACUGUGGUUCGGCUAGAACAGAGUUUUUCACUUAUAUUUCUGUGUAUAGAAGGAAAAUAAUAUCAUAUAUCGCAUGUGUACUAUAUUAUAUGUGUGUAUGUGUACAAAAAAAAAUAAAAAUCAAUACAAUACUUUUCUUUUGAAGCAAAAAUUAGACAGGAAAUCAUGCAAUAAAGCCAUGUUUUCACAAAGAUAAACACAAUAUAACAUAAAAUGUGUGUGAAAAUUACAAAUCCUUUGGAAAUAAUUUCGUAGAUAAUUGUCGCGAGUACUGCGCUACGGAAAAAUAUAAAAAUGGUGAAAUCGAAUUAGAGGAAAAUGAUUUGACACAGAAAAAAUCCCAAGAAGUGCAAAUAAUAAAAAAAAACACCUGACACUUUCCACAUUUUCCAUCGCAUCAUUUAUUUAAAAAUAAAUUCAAAGUCAUUUGAUUUGCAAAAUUCACAGCAACCAGCAUUUCUGACGACAAAAAUGAAUAAAUUUCUGUUAUCAUUUCAUUAAAAAAAAAAACGAAUAAAGUGUAAUUCUACCAAAUAGAAAAAAAAAUCAUUUGCGAAAUUAUCGUUGUCGUUUAAUGUGAAUCAUCGUUAAAAAAAACCUACAAUUACAUAUGCAAAUUAGCUGAAAAAUUAUAACAUUACAAAGUUCAUGGAAAUUUUACAAAAUUUAUUUUACUGAUAAGUGCCCUGAUCGUAAAAUUUUAGAUUCAUUUCGUAAAAUGACAAAUUGCCAUUGUUUAUCAGCGAAGUAAAUUUGAGGAAUAAAACAGUUGUUUUUUUUUUAAGGAAAAAGGCACUUCACACCUUCGCAAGGAACAAAAACCCUCAUAUUUUGAGUUUUUCGUGUUAACGUAAACAAGCAAUAUGAUUGAUCCAAGCUCAUCCGAAGAGGAAGAUGAUGAUGGAACAGUUGCCCGUCCACCAACCAAGCCUCCACACAUGCAAGCGGGCCACAAAGGUCCACCAGCAGGAGUCCGUAUCGAGCAUGCAAACGGUCAUGGGCCACACCAUGCAUCGCCAAUGCGUCAUCCCGGUGCGGAAAUGGCCAAAAGUCAUCCGACGCAUCCCAAUCGGGACACGUCACUUCGCAAGGAUAAUGUACAAAGUGAUUCUAGUGGUAGCUUAGCACCGGGACCUUCAUUACCUCGCACGCCAUCGCCAUCAAGUACAUUGUCACAGGAUACUGCAGAUGUUGGAGGUGCUUCUGCCGUUUCGCAACGACAUGGGUCAUUUGCGCGAUCCAAUUCUCCAACUCCAUCAAUGACAAGCGAUAAAAAUGAAGUUCAAGAUCCACAUGAAACGCAAGAACGCGCGGAAGAAGAUCGCAAACGGCGUAUUCAGUUGUAUGUCUUUGUGACACGUUGCAUUACAUAUCCCUUUAACGCAAAACAGCCGACGGACAUGACGAAACGCCAAUUGAAAAUAACCAAACAGCAAUUAGACACAAUCAUAGGUAGAUUCGUAUCGUUUUUGAAGGGCGAAACUAACAUAAUGGCGGAUGAAGCCUUUCAAAAUGCGGUACAAAGUUAUCAUGAUGUCUUUCUGAAAUCGGAACGCGUGGUACGCAUGGUGCAGUCCGGAUGUUGUACGCAGCACGAUUUCCGCGAAGUCUUUAAAAACAACAUUGAGAAACGAGUGAGAUCACUGCCGGAAAUUGAUGGAUUGAGCAAGGAAACAGUUUUGACCUCUUGGAUGGCUAAAUUCGAUUGCAUUCUUAAAGGAACAGGCGAUGAAGAAACAAAACGUCCUACAAGAAUGCAACAGCCACUAAAUAGUGAAUCCAUUCUGACUAAAGAACAAUUGUAUGACAUGUUCCAGCAAAUUUUAGGGGUCAAAAAAUUCGAACAUCAAAUUCUCUUUAAUGCACUGAUGCUUGACUCUGCGGACGAGCAGGCUGCCGCUAUCAGACGAGAACUAGAUGGACGGAUGCAGAGAGUGUCUGAGAUGGAGCGCAACCGAAAACUGAUGCCAAAGUUCGUGCUGAAGGAAAUGGAGUCACUCUACAUCGAGGAGCUGAAGUCAUCCAUCAAUUUGCUUAUGGCAAAUCUGGAAUCAUUACCGGUAUCAAAAGGUCUAGAUUCUAAACAUGGACUUCUUAAAAUCAAACGUUAUAAUCACAACAGUGUUUUUAACAAAUUCAGAUCCCAGGGAUCUUUAGCAAAGAUAGAGGGGGAUUCGGCAGACGGCGAUACGCACCUCACAAAGCAAGAUGUUGUUCUAACAUUUAGUUUAGAGGUGGUGGUGAUGGAGGUAAAGGGUUUAAAAUCGCUCGCACCGAAUCGCAUUGUCUACUGUACAAUGGAAUUGGAAAAGGGAGAAAAGCUACAAACGGAUCAGGCGGAGGCAUCGAAACCAAUGUGGGACACACAAGGAGACUUUACCACAACGCAUCCACUUCCAGUAUUAAAGGUUAAAUGUUACACGGAAAAUCCGGGAAUGUUAGCUCUUGAGGAUAAAGAGCUAGGAAAAGUGUUGCUGAGACCGACGCCGUCUGUCAAUAAAGGCCCAGAGUGGCAUAAAAUGACCGUGCCAAAAAGUCUUCCGGACCAAGACUUACGCAUCAAGAUUGCUUGUCGCAUGGACAAACCGCUCAAUAUGAAACAUUGUGGAUUUUUGUAUGCGAUCGGGAAAUCUUGCUGGAAAAAAUGGAAACGACGAUUUUAUGUGCUCGUCCAGGUCUCGCAAUACACAUUUGCCAUGUGCUCCUAUAAAGAAGUCAAAUCUGAGCCGUCAGAAAUGAUGCAACUCGAUGGUUAUACUGUGGAUUAUAUUGAACAAGCAAGUGCUAGCCUUAUGUUUGGUGUUGAUUUGGAUGGUGGAAAGUACUUUAUAAAUGCCGUCCGUGAAGGUGAGACCGUUUUGUUCGCAUGUGAUGACGAAAAUGAAUGUAGCUUAUGGGUAAUGGCACUAUAUCGAGCCACGGGUCAAUCACACAAACCCACGCCACCCGUCUCACAAAAUUCUGCCUUUGCCAAAGUCGCAGGUGAUGAUAAAGCUAAGAAGCAUGGCAUGGAGGAAUUCGUUACCGCUGAUCCUUGUACAUAUGAUCACGCAUCAUUAUUCAAAUUGUUACAAAAUGCCACAUUAGAUUAUAGGUUGAAUGAUCCGUAUGCCUCUUUGGGCUGGUUUAGUCCGGGGCAAGUAUUCGUUUUGGACGAAUACUGUGCAAGAUAUGGCGUCCGCGGAUGUUACCGUCACAUUUGUUAUCUUUCUGAUUUACUGGAUCGCGCCGAGAAAAACAACAUGAUAGAUCCUACUUUAAUUCAUUUCUCAUUUGCAUUCUGUGCUAGUCAUGUACAUGGAAAUCGUCCUGAUGGUGUUGGUAGUAUAACUCACGAGGAAAAGGAGAAAUUCCAAGAAAUAAAGGAACGAUUACGUGUCUUAUUAGAAUAUCAAAUAACUAAUUUUAGAUUUUGUUUCCCAUUUGGAAGACCAGAAGGUGCUUUAAAAGCAACGCUCUCUCUAUUGGAGCGUGUUCUCAUGAAGGAUAUAUGUUCACCUGUCCCCCCGGAAGAAGUUAGGUCGACGAUUAAAAAAAGUCUAGAAACAGCGGCCUUAGUUAACUAUACAAAAUUAUCUGGUGAAGCAAAAAUUGAGGAGGAUUUGCGCGGUGAUCAUGAUGUCCCUCCGGCUAAAAAGCUCGAAGAUUUAAUCCAUUUAGCCGAACUUUGUGUGGAUCUAUUGCAACAAAAUGACGAACAUUACGCAGAGGCCUUUGCUUGGUUUAGCGACUUAAUAGUAGAGCAUGCAGAAAUAUUUUGGUCAUUGUUUGCUGUUGACAUGGAUCGUAUAUUGGCCGAACAGCCUCCAGAUACGUGGGACUCGUUUCCACUGUUCCAAAUAUUAAACGAUUAUUUGCGAACCGAUGAUAAUCUUAAAAAUGGACGUUUUCACGCCCAUUUACGAGAUUGUUUUGCACCAUUAGUUGUACGGUAUGUUGACUUGAUGGAGUCAUCUAUCGCACAAUCGAUACACAAAGGUUUUGAAAAGGAGCGUUGGGAGAGUAAAGGAAACGGUUGCGCCACUUCAGAAGAUCUCUUUUGGAAAUUAGACGCAUUACAGUCUUUCAUACGUGAUUUACACUGGCCAGAUGCCGAAUUCCGAACACACUUAGAGCAAAGACUUAAGAUGAUGGCUAGCGACAUGAUCGAUUCGUGUAUCCAGCGCACCGAUGGCUCAUUUCAGAGUUGGUUGAAAAAGACAGGGGUCCCAUUUAUAUCCACAGACUACAUUGUACCCACAGAAAUGUGUGCAAUGGUCAAUGUGAUGUUAGAUGCCAAAAAUCAAUCAUUUAAACUUUGUUCGGUUGAAGGAAUAGAUUUGUAUCAAUUCCAUGCAAAAAUCGACAAACUGAUUGAUACGACAAUGAAUUCUAUGACUGAGGGGUUAAUUCAUAAGUUGAUGAGUGUGUUAGAAGGAUCAUUAUCUAAAUUAGGACGAUAUGAUGAAGGAAGUCUGAUUGGUUCACUUAUGAGUUUUGCGAAUGUAUCUGGGUCUGGCAAAGAUGUUGGUCAAAGUUACGUUAGUUUCAUGCGUAACAAUAUGGACCAGAUUCGCGGAAAGAUAACAGAUGAACUAUGGAUUUUGACAUUCUUCGAAAACUGGUAUGCUCAACAAAUAAAUAUGCUGUGUAACUGGCUUUCUGAGCGAAUGGACCACGGCCUGCAUUACUAUCAAUGUGCAGCACUCUCACAUAUCGUUAAAAAAAUUUAUUCAGAUUUUGAGUUACAAGGUGUCAUGGAGGACAAACUAAACUCCAAAGCGUAUCAAACGGUGGCCAAUCGAAUGCAAGCUGAAGAGGCAACUUGUCAAAUGUCCAUGCCUGAAGGAGAUGAUGAUGGAGAUGACAGAGAGCCUAGAGAAGUAGGAGAAGAAGAUGAAGAAGGAGAAGACUUUGCAAACGGAGAAGAUGAAGCAGCCAAGCCAAAAAUCAAGAUAAUGGAAAAGAUCAGCGGAGAAGAUGGCAAUGUUUUAUCAAAUGUAGGAAAUUUGGUCAAAGGAUCUGUAGGAAAUGUCCUUGGCAAAGGUCUUGGUGGAUUAGGUGGACUGGGCAAACUUGGUGGUGGCAGUUGGUUCUAAUAUUUAGCAAAAUUUGUGAUUCAAAAAACUACAUCCUUAACCGUGUUCUUCUUCUAUUGCUAUUAUUACCAUCUCUAUUUCUCUAAAAUAAUAAGAGUAGAAAUAAUUAUAAUAGUACGAUUAUUCCGACUCACAAUAAUAUCGAUCAGAUGAUAUAAUUGAUAACGAAAAAAAUUGAAACAUACUAAAAGAAGCAUAUCUUGCCCAAAUUAAUAAACUAAACUCACAAAAUCCACCACAAAGCCACUUAAAUGUAGUUUAGAGACCAAACCCAUCUAUUUCAUAUAUGCGAAAAACAUAUUUUGAAUGUCAUUUACUGCGUUGGUUCUUCUUAUAUAAUAUAUAUAUACAGACACACAUUUAUGAGACAAACAUACCUACAAUAUAUGUAUUAUUCAAAGCUAUUACUUUUUGACGUAUAAUAAGAAUGCGAAGAUUUGCUUUGUAUUGAAAGAAAGAAUUUUUCCGAGUUGCAUUGUUAUCUUUUACAUAAAAAAUACGUCCUACAAAAGCAUCUAAAAACCAGUUAAAAUUGUUGAUCUUGUAGAACUUACGAAAAAAAAAUCGUUCAAAACAAUAUUAAAUCGUUAUUAAAUUUCAAACAUGUUACAAAAAAAGCACAGGCUCUUAUCUUUAUAUCCUGUAAGAAGCCUCUCUAUCUAAGCUAAAAUCCUUUACUAAUAGUUUAGAUAGAUACUUAAAUCAAAGAAAAUAUCUUAAGACACGAUAGAACAAUCCUUAAAUAUCCUAUUAACUUUACACAAGAAGAAUUCCCCACAGAAUGCGAGUCAAUCAUGAGAUAAAUAACAUGUAAUGUAUAAGAAAAGAAAUAAAGGAUAAGAAUUUACAUAAGAAAAUAUAUUAAAGACGAAGAAAAAUAUUUUGCGAAGAAUGUAAUUUAACGAAACUUUGGCGACAGGCCGAAUAUACUUAGACAAAUAACAUCAUUAUGUUUUUAUUCAUCUUAAUAAUCACAUAAUAAGUAAAUUAUUUUACUCUUUUAUGCACUAUUUGAAUCUUUUGAGUUUUCUAACACAAAUACAUAGAGCUUAGACGCAGCGCAUAUACAAUCUUAUACCCACUCAUACUUCAACUCACUAAAAAUCAGCUUAUUCUCUUCUUUAGUACAAAAAUUAUUAUAAAAAAUACUAAAAUGGAUAUUAUGACAUAAAAAAAUACGUUUAUUCUAUCACAUCUAUCUAAAAAAAAAGUUAUAUUUUUGCUAAAAACGCAAGUAUUUAAUGAUACACUAUGAUAAUAAAACACAUAUUAACACUAACAAAUAAUUAUGGAAAAAAAAAUAUGAUUUUCAAGUUUUAGUGACUAUCUUUCAAAUAUGAUUGAGACAGGAUAGUCAG